AGGCAAAACAAACUUUAAAAGAAUCACACAUCCUCUUUCGCCUGGCCUUCAGACAAUUUUCAAAUUGGAAAUACUUGGGAAAGUAUUUUGAGGUCCUUUUGAACGUAUUUUUCUGAGAAGUGUACUGCCAAAAUGAAUUUUACAGACCCUCGUUCCACAGAUUACCCCUAUUAUUCAGACUAUGCUUCUCUAAUCAUGCCGCCUUGUUCUAAGUUGGAAGUCAGGAACUUCACAAAAGCGUUUCUGCCAGUUGCAUAUUCAUUGAUUUGUAUCAUCGGCCUCUUUGGUAACAUCUUUGUGGUGAUGACCUUUGCUUUAUACAAAAGAACCAAGUCCAUGACUGAUGUGUACCUCUUCAACAUGGCCAUAGCAGACAUACUGUUUGUUCUCACUCUUCCACUGUGGGCAGUGAAUUACGCUGCUGAUGAAUGGAUUUUUGGUGAUUUCAUUUGCAAAAUGUCUAGAGGUAUCUACGCAAUCAACUUCAGCUGUGGCAUGCUGCUUUUGGCCUUUAUCAGCGUGGACCGGUACAUUGCUAUCGUACAGGCAACAAAAUCUUUUAAACUCAGGGCAAGAGCUCUCGCACAUAGUAAUCUCAUUUGUUUGGCUGUGUGGAUAUCAUCAAUUUUAAUCUCUAGUUCCUCUUUUCUGUACAGUGAAAGUUACAGCUUCUCCAUCAACGAAACUAAAGAGAUUUGUGAUCACAGAUUUGACGGAAUGUCUGAAAGCACAAUGCUGAAAUCACUGCUGCUGUGGCUACAAGUUGCAUUUGGAUUUUUUAUACCUUUCAUAUUCAUGAUUUUUUGCUACACUUUCAUUGUCAAAUCCUUACAACAAGCUCAGAAUUCCAAAAGAAACAAAGCAAUCCGUGUGAUUGUAUUAAUUGUAGUUGUCUUCCUCAUUUGCCAGGUACCUUAUAACAUUGUUCUUCUCAUAACAGCUGUCAACAUGGGUAAGAUCGACAAAUCUUGUGACAGUGACAAGAUAAUGGCUUAUGCAAAAUACACCUCGGAAGCCAUAGCAUUUUUACACUGUUGUGUAAACCCCGUGCUCUAUGCAUUUAUUGGAGUGAAGUUCAGAAGUUAUUUUGUGAAGCUAAUGAAGGACCUAUUGUGCAAGAGAGACAAGAAGGACAAUAAACGUAGUUCGAGGACAAACUCUGAUACUUACCAUUCAAGACAGACUAGUGAAAUUCUGACUGACAAUGGAUCAUCUUUUACUAUAUAA